AAGACGAAAAAAAGUGAUAUUAGAAGUCUGGCUAGCCACCAUCAGACAUGACCGAAGCGAAUGAUGAGAACAGCAACAAUACGCCACAACGUCAGGUGAGUUAGUCAUUUCUAGUUUUGUGAUGUUAUGUUUUUCGGUGCAUUUGAUGAAACCUGCUGUUAUCCGACCGUUUCGGAAAAAAUGACGUUCGCUAGCUAGCCGGAGAUAUAGCUAUAACUUAAGCUAACCUACCGGCUAACAUUAAUGUUGUUAUUGUAGCAAGCAUGGCUUACUUUUGUAAAUGAAAAACUGUACCUUAUGUUUUGUCAUUUUUAUGUCUUAACAUGUUAAAUGAUAUAGGGUCAUGGUGCAGUUGAGUCAGCAGCCCGAAAUGUGGUGUCUGUGUUGCUAAACAGUAUGGGCACUAACUGCCCAACACGGCCGUCAGAGACGGAGCUCCCUAGAACUGUGCAGCAAGAAAUGACAAGAAUUUCAGUCGUGGUAAAAAGAGGUGUUUGACUGCCACCAAGCACCUUAAGACCAGCAAAACAACGGCUCUUAAUUUUUAUCUUCUGCCAAAAAGUACAUUACAUACACCGUUGCCAACUGAGGAGCUUGAACUCCUCCAGGCGGGUAUUGGAAGACAAACUGUGUCUCUUCCUGAAGAUGGUGACCACACAGAGAUUUCAAAGCUCCUGACGAACGCAUUUCCAAAAAUGGAGGAUCUUUGUGGGGGAUGGCUUUUGCAUAAGGCAACAGGUGGCAGUGGUCGACGAAAGCUGAUUGUCAUUGCACCAGAAGCAGAGGGGUAUUCUGUCAGAGCUCUGCGAGCUGCGUCAGCAGGGGGCAAAGCCACGUUUUACAUCGUACCACUCCAGGAGACUUUAGACACCUCUCCUCUGCCUUCUGACUCACAGCAUUUUUCCAAAAUGCCAAGGAAGACAUGCUACCAGUGUAAAGAGGCGAUGCCUUUGCAUAUGCUUGCAGUACACAUAAAGACUUGCAAGGGAAAACUCUCCUCCGACGAGACUUGUGAAGAGUCCUCUGAUGAGUUAUGGGUUGUGGAGAACAAGUGCAAGGUGGUUUGUCCAAUUUGCACCAAAGAAUUCCCAGAUAAUGAGAUCACAUUCCAUGCUAGCCUAUGUGGAGAGAGCUUUGAAUGUACAGUGACUUCUGAAGCAAAUGACAGUGGCCCAAGUACGCAUGCUCAAUCUCCAGUAUGUAAACCAAGAAGUACGGAAGAUGUAUUGCACUUCCUUGAACAUCAAGUUGACACAACAACAGAAUUUAAGUUGUGUGUGGACAGAGAAGACCUUCCAGACAGGGGCAUUCUCCAGUGGAAAAGAAAGAAAGCUGCAUCUCCUGCCAGUGCUCUUAAGGUGGUGUAUAUAGGAGAGGCAGGUAUUGAUACAGGAGCACUUAGGAAAGAGUUUUUAACUGAUAUGGUUUCAGGUAUUGAAAACAGGUUCUUUGAAGGAGCUGGAAACCAGGGUAAAAAUCCCAAGUACUCUUUGACAGACCUUGAUAACGAAAACUUCAGAACUAUUGGUGAAAUAAUGGCAGCCAGCCUCGCACAAGGUGGCCCACCUCCUGCUUUUUUGAGAGAGUGGUGCUACAACUUCCUCUGCACAGGAGAAGUGGACUUAAAUUCUCUGUCUAAGGAAGAUGUGGCCGAUCUAGAAUCUUGUCAACUCAUCAGCAGGGUCGACGAUUCUGCAGAUGCUCAGUGUCUGAUGUUGAACGUUGAUGAAAUUAUAAGCUGUGGAUACACGAGCCAGAUCACCCUGGAAUGCAAAGAAAGCAUCAUUCGAGCAAUUGUCCUACAUUCUACUACAAGACUGAUUCCAAUGCUGCAGCAAAUUCGAAAGGGCAUGGAACUGUACGGCCUGGUGAACCAGAUGGCUGCAAACCCUGAAGCUUGCCGCUCCCUGUUUGUUCCCGGGAAGAUUAUCAAGCCUGAUGCUGAUUUCAUAAUCAUGAACUGCCAGCCCAAUUUCAGUGAAAAGGGGACAUCUAAGGGGAGAACUGAGCGGAAGAUCAUCAACUUUCUGCAAGAUUUCUUGCAGGAGGUUGAAAUGUCAGAUGGGGAGACAGACCGUGCAGCUGGUGACACAUAGCCUCUUGCAGUGCCACACGUGCUCCAGUGGAUGACGGGGCAGUCCCACAUCCCCAUGCUCCCUGAUGAAAAGAGACAUUUCAAAAUAACAUGCAACUUUGACCACAACUGCAGGGAGCGACUAGGAGAUCACGCAGUUUGCUAUCCAAUUGUGAGUGCAUGCACUCAGACUGUGACUUUUCCAGUACAGCAUCUUAGCACUUACACUGACUUUAGGAGAAUCAUGAGUGAAGCAGUUAAAUAUGGUGGUGGGUUCCACAGAGUUUAACACAUCUAGGUCUACUCCAAUCAAAGCAAUUAUUGCUACUGUUAGUAAUACAUCCAAAAGGGUGCCACUCCUGAAGUGCCUUUUUUUGCUGGUCCGUUAGUAAAGUUAAUUGGAUGUUUUUGCCAAGUUCAAAAUUGUAACCAGCUAAGACGUUCAUGUUUAAAUGUCAUUGUUGGUUGGACACAAUGUUCAAGUAUCGUGUGUACAAGUCACGACCAUGUGACUGAGAAUGUUCCAGGGGAUCAAGAGUUCUCUGAAGUUCUUCCAGGGCUUCCUCAUUCAGUGGGCAUACAAUUUCUGGAACCACAACUGCACCGUCUCCUUGCAGUAUUGCACUCUCCCAUUCAAUGCCUGGAUCUUGAAGUUCCUACAAAUCCAGCAAAAAAACAAUUCAAAUAAAUUAAGACUCUGUACCUUUUAAAACAUUUUUCUGAUGUUUUCUGUCUAUUUAAAUCUAAUCUUUAAUGUCUUAUGUCAUGAAACAAGACCUAUAUCUCUUUGCCAAACCGUGUUUGCUGUUUUAAGCCCCCAACGUCCUUCCAGGCAGCACGGCAAUGGUUAUGUUUAGCUGCCUGGAUCCGGAUGUCGGCGGCUUAAAACACCAUUGAGCCUGCGAGAUGUUUUUUUUUUUUUUUAUAUAUACUGUAUAUAUUUAGUGUGAACUGUCCUUUUUAUAAUUGUGUACCUCAAGACUCUCCCCUUCGUCUAGAGCUUGUUCAUGUCCCAUAAACCACAGUUGUUCAGGACUGAGACCUCCCUCUGUCCGUAGAGGAUGAUUAUUCCAUCCUCUAGUGAAGGUAUCAAGGUCUGCUCGGAGUCGAGGGAUAAAGAUGUAGUGGACGCCAAAGAGAUCAACCACAUCAGAGAAAUCAAGGAGACCAUCUUCCUCCAGAGAGUGAAGAACAUCAUGGUACUUGCUAGUGACUGCAACCCAGACAUCCCGCCAAAGUCGCUCUAUUCUAGAAUGAAAUUUUAAUUGGUUGACUGAUUUAUAAAGCAAUAUGUACUUUCAAACAAUUCAAUUGUUCCAAGAAGUAUUUAUGCAGUCAAAAACUGACAAAAACAACUUACCUCUGAUUGUGGACACUCUUUCCCGAGAUAAAGCUCGCUCUUCCUGUUCCCCGUGUGGUGAACAUAAAGUGUGCGAUGUCUACAUUCUCAACACCCUGAUCCCCCCUUUCUCUAAGAUGAAAACAAAUUUAAAUGACAUACAAAAGGUUUACUUUAACUUUAGAAUAUGAAGUUAUAGUUUCUGGGAUACAAUUAUAAAUUAAUAAAACAAUCAAAUG